AGGAUAAAACAUUUUUGGUGUACCACAGAAAACAUUCACCCGCUUUGGUAUCCCCAAAACUAGCAAUGAGCAGUGGUUUGGGAAAUGCAUGGUUGUAAGAUUAGUUUGAACGAUGACAUGAAAGCGUUGAGGGGAUACCCUAUUCUCAGCCAUGGUCCUUUCAAUAAUCCGCAGCAAUACAGAAAGUUUUCUGCCUCUCAAGACCUUUUCUUGGUCGGUCCAACCGAGACCCAAUUGUCAAUUUUGCAAGAACUGUUACAGAGAUGUGCAAGAAAGAGGGAACCCUUGGAAGGGAAGGCUUGCCAUGGCCGGAUUGUUCGCUUUGGAUUACAAACAGACACAUUGACAUCAAAUAUGUUGAUUAACAUGUAUUCCAAAUGUGGGUUUGUUGAUGUUGCUCGAAUCGUGUUUGAUGAAAUGCCUGUGAGAAGUUCAGUUUCGUGGAGUACCAUGAUUGGUUCGUACACCCGAAUAGGGGAUAAAGAAGAGGCUGUUGGUCUUUUUAAGCAGAUGCAAAGGGAAGGAGCAGAGGUUGAUGGAUUCACCGUCGCGGGCGUUCUUUGCGCUUGUGCUGCGAAAUUGGCUAUGUUUGAGUGCAAACAAUUGCAUGCUUUUGCUCUGAAGACAGCGACUCAUUCGAAUGCGUUUGUGGGCACAGCGUUGCUUGGCGUUUACGCGAGAAGUGGUUUUACUGGGGAUGCGUGCCAGGUUUUUGAGAGCAUGCCGGAGAGGAGUGAUGUCACGUGGAGUUCGAUGAUCGUAGGGUACGUGCAAAAUGAGCUUUAUGAGGAGGCUUUGAAGUUGUUCCGAGAAUCUCAAAAAAUGGGGGUUGAAGAUAACCAGUUUACGAUGUCUUCUGCUCUCUCUGCUUGUGCAGGUUUAGCUGCUCUGAUUGAGGGGAAGCAGAUGCAUGCUACAAUACUGAAAUGUGGUUUUGAUUCAAACAUAUUUGUGGCUUCCACUCUCAUAGACAUGUAUGCCAGAUGCGGAAUCGUUGAGGAAGCUUAUAUCGUGUUUUCAAGUGUAGAAGAUAAGAAUGUGGUUGUAUGGAACACAAUGAUUUCGGGGUUUUCUAGACAUGCUCGCUCAAUGGAGGCUAUGAUCUCAUUCGAGAAAAUGCAGCAGAUGGGUAUGUGCCCAAAUGAAGUUACUUAUGUUGCCAUGUUAUCCGCUUGUGCCCAUAAAGGUUUGGUUGAAAAGGGUAGGAGGUACUUUGAACUAAUGGCGAAAGAGCAUAAUUUGUCACCUAAUGUUUUCCACUACUCAUGCAUGGUUGAUGUUCUCGGUCGGGCGGGACUUAUUCAUGAAGCUAAGGGUUUGAUGGACAAAAUGCCAUUUGAGGCUACUGCAUCCAUGUGGGGUUCGCUUUUGGCCUCAUGCAGAGUCCAUGGAAACAUUAAGGUGGCUGAAGUAGCUGCUACUCAUUUGUUUGAGAUUGAACCUGAUAAUGCAGGAAACCAUGUCUUGCUUUCUGACACCUAUGCAGCUAAGAAACGAUGGGCAGAAGUCAUAAGGGCAAGGAAGUUUCUCAAAGAAAGUGAGGCAAAGAAGGAGAGAGGAAAGAGUUGGAUUGAAGUCAAAGACCAGGUUCACACAUUCAAUGUAGGGGAAAGAAGCCAUCCUAGAAUUGUUGAGAUUUGUUCGAGGUUGGAAGAUUUGCUGCAGGAGAUGGAAAAGCUGGACUAUAGGGUUGAUACCAAACACGACCUCCAUGAUGUGGAAGAAUUGAGAAAGCAAGAACUAUUGAGGCACCAUAGUGAGAAGCUAGCCCUCACGUAUGGAUUGAUGAGUUUGCCUCCAAAUGUCCCUAUUAGAAUCAUGAAGAAUCUCAGAAUAUGUGGGGACUGCCAUUCCUUUAUGAAGCUUGCAUCGAACAUUACAGGAAGGGAAAUCACCGUGAGGGACACAAACCGCUUUCACCAUUUCAAGAAUGGAUUUUGUUCCUGCGGGGAGUUUUGGUGAUGGAAUGCUGUUCAAUGGCUUAUGCUUUAUGAUGUUUUGUGCUUUGCUUAUUGGUUAGAUACUCCAUUGUUGACUCGAGGAUUCUCCCCUCGCAUCUAACCAAAAGAUUUUUGAGAAUUAGUUUCGUUGGUCACCAGCCCAUUUUCUGAAAUCGGAGACAGAUCCUUGUCAGAUGCAAUGUGAUCUGUUUGGUGUUACCUGAGGAUUUUAUUUAGCCCUGAGAAAUAACAUAAUGUAUUAAUGGGGCUCUCUUUGAGCCUUCAUCUUACCUGAGAAUUACUAGAUAAAAGGAGUAUCUAUCAUUCCCCAGUACUACAUAAAAGGAGUAUCUAACAUAAUGUACUGAUCUGUUCAGUGUCUCCGUUGGAUUUGGGUCUCCGUGUAGUACAAGAUACGAUCUCUGUGGAAUUCAUCGACAAGAGGGCAACUUUUACAUGUUUCUUGUCGUCCUGGGUUAUGAGUCAAUGAGGGCAACUUUUACGCGUUUCUUGUCGUCCUGGGUUAUGAGCGAAUACGGUGUGGUGGAGUCGUGGACUAAGCUGUACAUUAUCGAUAUGCUGGAUUGGAUACCGACUGUUUUUGGUCUUAGGCAGAGUGGUUAGUUGCUGAUGGCUACGAGGGGUGGAGACUUUGUUUCAUAUCACUGUGGGAGCAAGCGCGUUGAGAAACCUGGGAUGCGAGCCGUCAAAUUCUCGAAUUAUGCUGAGAGUUAUGUGGAGAGCCUUGUUUUGCUCUACGGUACGAAUGGGGACUUUCAAGGGCAAUAUAGUCACGUUGAUUCACUUGGAGAUUCUCAUGGGGGACAAAAGGAGGAAGUGGAUGAGGAAACACUUGAAAGGGCCCUCUGGAGGAAUUUUCUGUUUGCAUCUGCUUUUGUAACUGGUAGCCUGAUGGAGUUCCUGAUUAGGCUUGGGAAUUAAGCUCGGUUCAGUUUUUGUGGUCAGAGACAUGAAAGUAGCAGUGGUAAGUCUGAUUUUCAUAACCAUUGCAGUGGGAAUGUUGUUUUUUGGAGUUUGCUAGUGGACUGGUUGCCGCAAGGACUGCUUGCCCAGGUUGGUAUAUUUUACAGAAUGGAGUCUCGUCAAUUAGUUAAUGUCCUUUUUUUAUUCUAAAUUAUAGUAUAUUACUGGGUUAUCUUCA